AUGCUUGCGACGACAACCGUAGCGCUUCCGGAUCUGCCAGGGCCUUCGUCGUGCGGUGAGUCGGGCAAUUUCACACUGACCUUCGACGACACAGUCGUCGGCGAUGACAACAGCAUACUACUUGUUGCCAAUGGCAUGACGAACCCGUAUCACCACCUCUUCUAUGCCAACGGAUAUACAUAUGUACCUGACAAGUGGGAGCCAUACCCCGCCAUGUCGCAGCCAAACGUUGCAAUGUUCCUGCCGCUGACCGGACGCCUCCUUCCCAGUACGCCAUUUGCAGGCAUGAUGCUUCCUGGUGAGCUCGGUGCUGGGCCACGGGCUCCGGUUGACGCCUACUGGUUCAACGCGUACUCUGCCUACUUCGGUUGCGCUCUCAGCGGUCUGGAACCCUGCACACUCCGGGUGUCUGGUUAUCGCUAUGACCCUGUCCUCAAAGAAGAGGUGCUCGUUGCCGAACAGAAUGCGACUCUUCCAGCAUGCUGGGGCUACAUCAACUGCCACCUUACGCAGAUCUUCUUCAACGACCAGUUCCGGGCGCUUUCGGGUAUCCAGUUCAAUGCCUACACAUACCUCUUGAACAUACCACAAGUGCACAUGGUGGACGACCUGCAGAUGGAGUGGUACAACAACACCUGUUCAGCGGGUAUACUACGCAUUGGACAUAGCUAA